UUGUUUUCUUUAAUAUGCUAAUAACUCAUGUAGUGUAUUAUGGUUUGUAUUAGGAUGAGGUUAUCAGCAGCGGGUCUACACUUCAGCCACACGUCUCAUUCUCCCACAUCUGCUGCAUCAGCUCAUAUCUGCUGCAUCAGCUCACAUUGCUGCAUCAGCUCACAUUGCUGCAUCAGCUCACAUUGCUGCAUCAGCUCACAUCUGCUGCAUCAGCUCACAUUGCUGCAUCAGCUCACAUUGCUGCAUCAGCUCACAUCUGCUGCAUCAGCUCACAUCUGCUGCAUCAGCUCACAUUGCUGCAUCAGCUCACAUUGCUGCAUCAGCUCACAUCUGCUGCAUCAGCUCACAUCUGCUGCAUCAGCUCACAUCUGCUGCAUCAGCUCACAUCUGCUGCAUCAGCUCACAUCUGCUGCAUCAGCUCACAUUGCUGCAUCAGCUCACAUCUGCUGCAUCAGCUCACACUGCUGCAUCAGCUCACACUGCUGCAUCAGCUUGCAUCUGGCACUCGAAGCAAGGAUGGCGUGGUGGUGGGCGUGGGCGGCGCUGACGUGGGCGGUGGUGGGCGGGCAAGGUGAGGGUGGAGCCGAGGUGAGGGUGGGCGGCGGUGUUGUCAGAGGCACCAUUAAGGAGAGCCAGAGUGGGCGCCAUUACCAUGCCUUCAAUGCCAUACCAUACGCUCAGGCACCCGUCGCAAAAAACAGGUUCAUGGCGCCAGUGACUGGAGUGGAGUGGGACGGGGUACUGGAUGCCACACACCCUGGUAUGCCCUGUGCCCAGGCAGCUCUGGGCAUAACAACUGGAGUCGAGGAUUGCCUCAAUCUGUAUAUCUACACACCCAAGCUGCCUGAGUCGGGAGAAAAGAAGAGUCUGCCUGUAUUGGUGUGGCUGCAUGGUGGUAGUUUUGUGGUGGGUGGAGCAGCAGCCCUUGACGAGUCUUACUUGAUGGAUCGAGACAUAGUCCUUGUCAUCCCACAGUAUCGUCUCGGACUUCUAG